AGAUGCGAUUCAUGCUACUGUUCAGCCGGCAGGGAAAACUUCGGCUGCAAAAAUGGUACCUGGCCACCUCAGACAAGGAGCGGAAGAAGAUGGUUCGAGAGCUUAUGCAGGUUGUUCUAGCUCGCAAGCCCAAGAUGUGCAGCUUCCUGGAGUGGAGAGACCUCAAAGUUGUCUAUAAGAGAUAUGCCAGUCUCUACUUCUGCUGUGCCAUCGAAGGUCAAGACAACGAACUGAUCACCCUGGAGCUGAUCCACCGAUAUGUCGAGCUCUUGGACAAGUACUUCGGCAGCGUACGUCUCCCCACCCACCUCUGUUUCUGUACCAAGCAAUCUCUUCCUGCUAAACCGUAAAAAGGCUCUUCUAAACCAGGCAUGGUGGCGCACACCUUUAAUCCAGCACUCAGGAGGCAGAGGCAGGUGGACCUCUGUGAGACUGAGGCCAGCCUGGUCUACAUAAUGAGUUCCAGGCCAACUGGGGCUACAGGAAACCCUGUCUCAAAAGAGAAAGGCUCAUCUUGUCUCUGUCCUGGAAGUCUCAGGGGAGAGGUGAAGUUGGAGCAGCGAGAACUGUAAUUAAUCUCCCUUUUUAAGCUCUAAUCCUAUUAAACCUAGCCCUUAAUCAGCUCUGGAGUAGGAUUGGGAUGGGGGAAGCAGGAGAGGGUGGCUCUGGCUUUGAGUCCCUACCUAGAGCUGGAUCCAGACUUCUCUUAUAAAGGCAGAAACAAAGUUGGUUUUGUCAGAGUUCUUGAUCUCGCUAUUGUGUUGGAAUGUUCUGCAAACUUUUUUAUGUGUAUGUACUCCUGCACAUG